AUGUUAUUGAGCUACGCGAAACUGAGCAAAGAUGUCUUGGUCCUAAUCGGAUUGCCUGGAGAGUUGUUUAUGAACAUGUUGCAAGCUUUGGUGCUGCCACUCCUUGUUUCCAGUCUGAUUUCAGGGCUCUCACAACUGGAUUUCCGUUCGUCAAGGAAGCUCGGCAUCAGAGCAAUACUGUAUUAUCUUCUCACAACAAUUAUGGCAACUGUGGUCGGAAUCAGUCUUGUAACUCUAAUUCAUCCGGGGAAUCCCGAUAUCAAAGCAUCGUCGAAAACAGCAGCAGAAAGUGCCCAGAACAUAACAACGAAGGAUGCAUUGCUUGAUCUCAUC